UGCAAGUUGGGCCCCCCGAGUUGUAUGGAGGCCCCGACGAACGAAGCCAGCCAUAUCCGCGCCUUGUACGACGACCUGCGGGACGGCGAUGAAGGCAUCGACUUGGCUGGGUUUCUAAAGCCGCUGUACUUUCUACAGCACCACGGGUUUACCCUUCUCGACGCCAAGGCCGUGUUUGACGUUGUCAAGGGGAAUGCCAAGCCGCAGCUCAACUUGCGCGAGUACGGCACGGCCUUGACCAAAGUAGCCAAGCUCAAGUACACGGCCAACCCCCGCACGGUCGCGCGGUUGGUCGGCGACAUUGACGCGUUUCGGAAACGAACACAACUCGACUCGUUUGCAGACGUGGUCGACGGCGUCCUGUACGACCCCUUGCGUCUCAAGCUCAUGAAGCCCGCACCGUUGUGCGUGCUAGAAGCAUAUAGCAAUGUCAUUGAACAGUCGUUCAACAUGUAUUGCAAGGCGCCGUCAGUGGCCACCGGCAAUGUCAACACCAGAAGCAGCAGCAAUAGUUGUCUUGACUUGACGGACGAAGGCUUUUACGACUUUUUAGUCGGGUACUUUCUCAGCCCAGACUAUAUUUCGGCCGACACGGCAACAUCUAUCAUGACAAGCGUCACAUCCACGUUUGCCGUGAGCCACACGAGCGCCACCAGCUCCUCCGACUCGUCGACCUCUUCGUCCAUGGUAUUGCCACAGUUUGUAGAAGCGCUGUGCCGCGUGGCGCAGACGCUGCACGGCAAGCUCCUCGAGGACAACCACGGGUCCAUCCGCAACACAAUCGACACUUGUCGACUGGAGCACAGCAUCAAAGUCAUGUUCGACACGAUGCAAGUGCUGCCCAACGGCACCACGGUCAAGUCGGCGUCCCACGUGCCGCAGAAGCAGGUCCAAAGCAACUUGGACGCGAUGCUCACCGAUAUCCAGUCCCACAUGGGCACGCUGUCGCUGCGGACGCGCAAAGUUCUCCAACGACGCGCCGACGACCUGAUGGGGGACGUGGUGGAUGUGACCAGCGAAGCCAAGGCCACGACUAGUAGUAGCACCAAGCCCACGUCCAGUCUGUCGUCCGCCGUUGACGUGAUUGUCAUUCGCGACGUGCUGGCGGUCCCAGACUUUCCCCCCAACGUCGUGCACAAGGUCGAAGGCGCGUUUGCGUACCAAAACAUGGGCCAAUACGAGAUGGCAUUGGCGCAGCUACACGAUGCCGAAGACGAGCUCGUGGACGUCAGUCCAUUUCGAGUGCUGGACACGGACGCGUCGCUGUUUUUCACUCUGGCCAGAGGCAACAUCUACGACAGCCGACAGCGUGACCUCGACGCACUGCAAACGUACGCCGAGGCGCUGGCCAUCGCCGAGAGCCUCCCAGAGAGCCAUCCCGGGCGUGCGCUCGCGUUGAGCUGCCUCGGGUCGGUCUGUUACUACGCCGGCAACAUGCUCGUGGCACUCAAGUGCUUUGACAAGGCCCUCACGCUAAGAGAAUCGUUGUUUGGGGAAGAGCACGUCGACACGGCAACGUCCCUCAACAACCUGGCGUGCUGCCUCCAUGCGAUGGGCGAGGUGGACGCGGCCGCCAUGUUCUUCCGGAGUGUGCUGCAUGUAUUCAAGCUCGGCUUUGGACUCGCGCAUCCCCGCAUAUCUGUGGCCAUGAAGAACCUCGACACAGCCCAGCGCCACCAAAGCCGACUGAUACAAGACCGCGCGCACGUGAAAAAUCGAGACGAUAUGAAACAUAUCAUUGCCGGGAGCAAGUUUCAAAUCACGGCGUUCGAACGGCCGACCGCGCCGUUGAAAACGAAAAAGAAAAAAGGCGGCAAAAAGAAAAAGUAGACGUCUUGGUCGCAUAUAU